AUGCAAUCGCUCUGUUGCUCCGCGGCAAUCACCGACGAGGAUCUAUCUGAGAAAAUCGCCUAUCUGAGCGACUCUUGCACCGGCCGGCUCAACGACACCCAGCUGUUCAAGUCGACGAACCACCGAGAACUGCGUCUUCUCGGCGAAAUCGUUCGCAGGAGCACCGACGCCCAACUCGCGACCCACGACCCGCACACCCUCGUAUCCUGCGCGAUAAAACUCCGGCUCAAGUACUUCAGCAGUUCCUUGCACUUCGAAGCCGACCUGUCCGAGCGCAGCCGCGAAAACAAACACCGGCUAGCCGAAAGCUACCUCGAGCACAUCCUCCGAGUUCUCCUCAUGGCGUCGAGAUCCCCGGGUAGCGUCGCCAAGACCGUCGUCGACACCCUAGAGGGAGAGAACUUUUGGGGCGCUCGGCUAUUUUGCGUCGGCGUCGUCUGCCAGUUGCUGAGCCUCGAGCCGACCGAAGCGGCCAUCCUCUGCCACGAGCUGUGUGACAAAAUCGAAUUCCCGAACAAGAGCAUCGACACGAAGCUGAUCGUCCGGGUGCUGUACGAGCUGCUCGACGUCCACCCUUGGCCCGACACCAGCGAGACCACCGCCUUUCUCGAGAGGAUUCUUAACCUGUACGACCGGAGCUUGCACGACGGGGAGCCGAAAAACGAGGCCGACGCGUUGUUCCCGAAACUCAGAGGUAGCCUGGAGCUCUGUAUCAGGCACGUCGUGAAGAACGUGUCGCGGGCCCACCUGAUACUCGUUAUCCAGCGUAUGACGGGCUGGUCGGUGCGGGCAGGCGUCAACGAGAACGUCAUAGCUAACUACGGCAGUGCCCUGGAGUACGUGGCUUCGAUGUACCGCGGUUAUUACUCCGUGGCCGACACCCUCACCUCGGAGAUGAUCGCGCUCCUGAUGGGGAUGAUCGCGUCGAGCGAGCGGUGCGUCUCGCUGCUGGGAAAUCGCGUGCUGCAGUACAUGAUCGACAGCGGGGAGAACCGGGUGCUCUUCGGCACCCCGAAGAUAUUCUUCGAGGGAAUGAAUGUGAAUCUCGCUAUCAAGGGCUUUAGAAGGGAGGACGGCAAAUUUUUGAAGCUGCACAGAGAAUUGACGCACGAGAGUUUGACCAAGAGUUUGAUCAAUCAUCGACAGGACAGGUUGAACUUGGAGACUACCUAUUGCACCCUGUGCCUCUUGGCUGCCGAGAUACCCUGUGGUUUCACGGCAGCCGUUAUGUCGUGUCUCAUGAUGAAUGUCCAAGACAUUGUCAUGAAAAACCCGGAGUUAAUUGGUAAAGAAGCCUCGUAUCACAUCCACGCGAUAAUAAUCUCGGUGUUGUCGUUCGUUUGUUGGAUUCACGAGGCCAAAGAUUUCCACGCUUACGUUUACAAAAUCGUGAUGGAACGGGCGCAGUGGGCGCCGCAUCUGAAUCCGCCGUUGCGCUCGAGUUACAAUAACUUUGCGGUGCAUCACGUACUUUGGGACAAGCCUGAAUUGUUUUUCGUGGACUGGGAAGUGCGAUACGGACUGUGGAGGCGAUUUCGUUUGAACGGAGCCGAUAAGGCCCAAGUGGAGCUUGUCACGAAUAAGAAUGACAAAGGGGAGUAUACCGCAUAGAAGAAAAUUCUUAUUGAACGUUAAGAAGAAGAAAUAACUGUACGGACAUAUCUCUGAUCUCUAGUCAUAUUCAGACAAAUUUUUAUUUUUCUUGAUUCAAACGCUUGACUAGUAAACUAAUUUCAAAUUUUUUUUUACCGAAAUGUAAUUACUUUUUUUUUUUACAAACUACACGCGAACUUUGUAAGAUUUAUCUUCGGCAACCCGAUGUAUUUCGAUGAUAUUUAUAUAUAACUUUAUGUACAAGCCUUGUGAGGAAACUUUUUUCCUACAGAAAGGAUUAAAAAAUAUAACGAGUGGUACGAGUCUAUAAAUAUCCAUGUGCAUAAAAUAUCUUAUAUAGUUACGUUGAUUUAAAUAUUUUACAAUCUUGUCAAACACAAAGUUUGAACUGA